AUGCAGUUCUGCGCAAACAAACUGGACAAGAAGGAUUUCUUCGGGAAGUCGGACCCGUUCAUGGUUUUCUACCGCAGCAACGAGGACGGAACGUUUACGAUCUGCCAUAAAACAGAGGUGGUGAAGAACACGCUGAACCCAGUGUGGCAGCCCUUCACCAUCCCAGUGCGAGCGCUCUGCAACGGAGACUUCGACAGAACGAUCAAAGUGGAAGUGUACGACUGGGAUCGAGAUGGCAGCCAUGACUUCAUUGGGGACUUCACCACCAGCUACAGAGAACUGUCCCGAGGCCAAAGCCAGUUCAACGUCUACGAGGUCAUGAACACAAAGAAGAAAAUGAAGAAAAAGAAGUAUGUAAACUCUGGCACCGUGACCCUCCUGUCCUUCACCGUGGAGUCUGAGUUCACGUUCUUGGACUACAUCAAAGGAGGAACGCAGAUCAAUUUCACGGUGGCCAUCGACUUCACAGCCUCCAACGGAAACCCGUCCCAGUCCACAUCGCUGCACUACAUGAACCCUUACCAGCUGAACGCCUACGCCAUGGCGCUUAAGGCCGUAGGCGAGAUCAUCCAGGACUACGACAGCGAUAAGAUGUUCCCCGCUCUGGGCUUCGGGGCCAAGCUGCCUCCGGACGGACGCGUGUCUCAUGAGUUCCCCCUGAACGGGAACAUGGAAAACCCGUACUGUAACGGGAUUGAGGGCAUCCUGGAGGCCUACCACCAGAGCCUGAAGACCGUGCAGCUCUACGGACCAACCAACUUCGCCCCCAUCGUCAACCAUGUGGCCAGAUACGCCGCCGCAGUCCAAGAUGGCUCCCAGUACUUCGUCCUCCUCAUCAUCACCGACGGAGUGAUUUCAGACAUGGCACAGACCAAAGAAGCCAUCGUCAACGCUGCUAAACUGCCCAUGUCCAUCAUCAUUGUGGGAGUGGGACAGGCCGAGUUUGACGCGAUGGUGGAGUUGGACGGAGACGACAUCAGAGUGUCCUCUAGAGGGCGCCUCGCAGAGAGAGACAUCGUUCAGUUCGUUCCGUUCAGAGACUACAUGGACCGCACGGGGAACCACGUUUUGAGCAUGGCGCGUUUGGCCAAGGACGUUCUGGCCGAGAUCCCCGACCAGUUCAUCUCGUACAUGAAAAGUCGAGGCAUCAAGCCCAACCCGGCGCCCCCGCCUUACACCCCGCCCACCGGACACACGCACCACACACAGAUCUGA